UCUGUUACACAAGUGACAAGAAACGUUCCUCCAGGGCUAGAUGAGUACAAUCCUUUCUCUGAUUCAAGAACACCUCCUCCAGGAAAUGUGAAAAUGCCUAAUGUACCCAGUACUCAGCCAGCAAUAAUGAAACCAACAGAAGAACCACCUGCUUACACACAAAUUGCAAAGGAGCAUGCCUUGGCCCAGGCAGAACUGCUAAAGCGUCAAGAAGAACUGGAAAGAAAAGCAGCUGAACUAGAUCGCAGAGAAAGGGAAAUGCAGAGUCUCAAUCAGCAGGGGGGUAGAAAAAAUAACUGGCCACCUCUUCCUGAGAAUUUUCCAGUAGGUCCUUGUUUCUACCAGGACUUUUCUGUAGACAUUCCUGUAGAAUUCCAGAAGACAGUAAAGAUUAUGUACUAUUUGUGGAUGUUCCAUACAGUGACACUAUUUCUUAAUAUCUUUGGAUGUUUGGCCUGGUUUUACGUUGAUGCUACACGAGGGGUUGAUUUUGGAUUGAGUAUUCUCUGGUUCUUGCUUUUUACCCCUUGUUCUUUUGUCUGCUGGUACAGACCACUUUAUGGAGCUUUCAGGAAUGACAGUUCAUUCAGGUUCUUUGUGUUCUUCUUUGUAUAUAUCUGUCAGUUUGCUGUACAUGUACUUCAAGCUGCAGGAUUUCAAAGAUGGGGAAACUGUGGAUGGAUUUCAUCUCUUACUGGUCUUAAUAAGAGUAUUCCUGUUGGCAUUAUGAUGAUCAUCAUAGCUGCACUUUUCACAGCAUCUGCUGUUAUCUCAUUAGUUAUGUUUAAAAAGGUGCACGGUCUCUACCGCACGACUGGUGCCAGCUUUGAGAAAGCGCAGCAGGAGUUUGCAACUGGAGUGAUGUCCAACAAGACUGUACAAACUGCUGCAGCCAAU